AUGGCGGCGACCGGUGAGAGCGGUGGGGUAACCGGAAUCAAGCGGGAGCAUCUCGGCAUUCCCGAAGCGGUGUUUGUGGUAAGAUGUACGCUGCGUGCGUGCUCUCCCCCCGAGCUGCCGGGGGGUCCGUGCAGGGGGUCCCCGAGAGAGGCCCAGCAUGGCUCAGCGUGGAGCAUGGCUGUCAUCAUGGUAACUGAGGCGGUGCCAUGCCUCUCAGGGAAGAUCGUGGCCGCCUCAGCCACACUGCCUCUCACACAGCAAACCGGCUGAUACCAGACAGCAUUAUUUAAAAUAAUUACACAGUGUGUGUGUGUGUGUGUGUGUGUGUGUGUGUGUGUGUGUGUGUGUGUUUUCUGCUGUAGGGAUAUAUGUCCCAUCUGUGCAUUGUUAAAAUAGCUGACAGGCAGCCCCAAUGGUAUGUGCAGGCCUUUACUAUUUAUAAAUAUCAAGCCCCACAUUAUGUCACAGUGCAGCACAAUGGUUGGGCAAGAUUUAUGUAAGUAUUUAAAAAAAAAAAGUGUAAUUUACAUGUUUAGGAGGUGGUAAUGGCCCAGGCCUUGUUCUGCUUGUGAUGGAUACGUGUUUAGAACCUAUGGCUUUAGAAUAGCUGCAUGUUAAUAAUGGUAAAAUCUUUAGAGAGAUACUAUAGUGUUAGGAAUACAAAAUCUUAUUCCAAGCACAUUAGCUCCUCCCCUGCUUAGUAAGAGUUCAAAUACCCUUACUGUACUUACCCAAUUCCAGUGUAACUCUGCCCUCUCCAUCAUCCGAUGUGGGCGCUAAUGCGCAGAUGCAUCCGGCGCAUUAGUUCCACCCAAUAGAAAAACAUUGCUGUAAUGCUUUUCUAUGAAGAAUUGACUGCUUCUGGAUGUCCUCAUGUAGCGCAUGUGAACGUCCAGCGUCAGGCAACCAAAAGUUUCCUCACCACCUGGAAGUGCUACUGGAGGCAUUCUUAAUCAUGCAAGGUAGUUAAUGCAGUUCCUCAGAUAGUGCAGUAAUUACCAUUGCAAGCUUAAGAGGACAGGAACAUUGCGCCCAGACCACUUCGAUGAGCUGAAGUGGUCUCGGUGUCUAUAAAGUCCCUUUAAAAACGAUAGGCACACAGAACACUUCAUCUUAGCGAAGUGGUCAGGGUGCAGUGAGCUGUUAAUUUUAACCCUACAAGCUAAUACAUUAUCGUUGCAGUAGAUACUGCGAUGUUUGCAGUGUUAAACCACAUCUAUUGUCUGUCUUCCUGGCAUCCUCUGAAGGUGCUUCAGCUGAAAAACCAACUGAUUCCAUUUUGCUAUGCGGGCACACUAGCCACACCAUGCAUGCCAGUAGGGAAGUAUUGGGUUGCUGAGAUCAUCAAUCCUGACAAUUUAACAGGUGUGGCAGUGAGGGAGUAAAGUUGGCAAAAACUAUCUUUUAAACACGUAGGGGUUAACACUGUAGUAUUCCUCUAAUAUAGCAUCUGAGUGAGAUUCAUACCACUGUAUUUAACUUUUUACAUUUAGUUUGUACAUUAGCUGAAGACGUACAGAAUUGAAAUGUACCAGUAAAGCAACCUCUGCUUUCACAUCUUCAAUCUGAACUAAUCUGUGACAUUUCCACUUUGUCUUCUACUUGUAUAGUAAAAAUAAAUUUAAAAUGGAGUAAUUUCAUUAAAAGUUCUCCUCUGCAUUAAUUUGAAAUUUCCACAUUUAUCACCAGCUCAUGCCAACAUGACUACAUUAUGAUGUAAAUAAGCAGGAUUCUGACAGAUUAAAUAUAAUGAUGCCAGUAUAUGCAAUCAGUGCUCAAUGUUUCCACGGGCGAGUAGAGUACUUCUGUAAUAUUUAUCUCUGGUCCACUCGUGCUGCUCCUGUGGUCUUCACUUAUUUGCCCUGCAAACCUUCUCCAUGACAAUGACCUGUUGGGGGUUCCCCAUUCCUUUACGCCCCAGCCAGCGCUCGCAACACUGGCUGGGACGUUACCUCUUGUUCUCCACCUGUAGCAACCACAGCACAAGCAUGACACCACCAUGCUUGUGCUGUGGUUGCUACGGGUGGAGAACACAAGCACUGCCUGUGGGAAGUCUCUUCUGCUCUACCUGUCAAAUCUUCGGCAUGUACCGAAGAGCUGAUUGACAGGUGGGAGAAAGAUAUAGUUUUAAAAUAGGUGUUUCUCCCGAUUGUUACAUUUGCUAGCACAAUUUGCACGUUGUAUAGAUGAAAUGUCAUGCUCUUUCCAAAGUGCAUGAGGAGUGUGGGGGGGGGUCCUCUCUAAGGCCUGGCUAGUAGCAUAUAUACUUAAAAUUUAUAAGCCCUAGUUCAAUAUUUUCAGGAUUCAAUGUGCUUUUAUUUAGAGUUAGCAGUAUAAGGUACAUAAGUGACCCCUAAAUUUUCAGUAAUGACCACAAAAGAAUGAUGCAAGCUUUUAUAUUUUCUCUUUAUAAAAUAUUAAUUUUGUAUUAAUUCUUUAUGGUUCCUUUAAAUAUAUGUUUGGGCUGUGCACACUCUUUGCCUAAACCAAGGAAACUGCCUUAACCCCUUAAGGACCAAACGGCUGGAAUAAAGGGGAAUUACCAGAUUUUACUAAUUACAUGACGUAAAGUCAUGAUUUUAUAAAGGACACGGAGGCGAAUAUUAUGCUUAUCUCCUUCUUUAUUAUACCUCAGCAGCAAAGAGAAGGUAUAAGACAUUCAUAGAAAAGGAGCCACGCUAAUAACCUGAGUUGUCCCUGCAUCAUCAGUGGGUGUGGGUUCCCUUUGGGAUCCGACAGACGCGGGUUCUCGGGAAGCAGUCUGGGAAGGUCUAUAGACUUCUCCGUGAGUGAAGGGAACCAAGGCUGUGUUGUCCAGAAUGGCAUUAUGAGGACCAGAGAUGUCUGUGAGUGGUCGAGAUGUACCAAGGUCCGUGCCAGCAGAGCGAACGGAGGGAAUGCGUACAGUCUUCUGCUCGGCCAUGGUUGGAAGAAUGCAUCCGUAGCUAGUGCCUCUGGAUCUGGUCUCCAGCUGAAGAAUUCCGGAAGUUGUGUAUUCAAUCGAGACGCAAACAGGUCCAUGUACAUCGGGCCCCACAGCGUUUGUAGUCGUAGGAACGCUCCGCGGUCCAGGCUCCAAUCGCUGGCAUCCCGCAGGUGUCUGGAGUUCCAAUCCGCUAUGAUAUUCGAGAGUCCCGGGAUGUAUUCUGCUCGUACUGAUAUGUUGCGGUCCAAGCAAAAUUGGCAGAAUUCUGUGGCUAAAUCUGCUAAAAUUUUGGACCUGGUGCCGCCGAGGCGGUUGAUGUAUUGCACUGCUGAUAUGUUGUCCAUCCUCAAGAUGAUGGAGCAAUGUGUCGUGGGACCGAAGAGGCUCUUCAGCGCGAAUGAUCCCGCUAUAAGUUCCAGGCUGUUGAUAUGCAGUGCUCUUUCUGAUUGGGACCAUCUUCCGCCUGUGGAGAUAUGACCACAACGUGCUCCAAAACCCUGUGUGCUGGCAUCGGAUUCUAUUAUGCAAUCUGGGGCGGAGCCGAAGAUCGCUCUGCCAUUCCACGCUUCCAUGUGUUGCAGCCACCACUUCAGUUCCUCCUUGGCUGUGUGAUCGAGUUGCACGGAGUCUGAGUAGGGGUGACCUGAUUGUAGCUGAGCGGCUUUUAGUCUCUGUAGGGCACUGUAAUGCAGAGGUCCCGGGAAGAUCGCUUGUAUGGAUGCCGAGAGGAGUCUAAUUAUUCUGGCUAGUUGUCUCACAGUGAGCGUUGGGCGAGCCAACGUUCUACGAAUCUCCUUUUUGAUGGUUUUGAUCUUCGUGAGCGGUAAGUUUAGGGUCCCAUGGACUGCCUCUAUAUUUAAUCCUAGGAACUCUAUGGACUGGGAGGGGAUUAGCACCGACUUCUCCCAGUUGAUUAGGAAUCCUAGGUUACGUAGAAACGCUAUUGCCCAGGUUAGGUGUUGUUGAAAUAAGAGUGCAUCCUGUGCCAUGAUCAGUAUAUCGUCCAAAUAUAUGAUCAUGCGCCCACCACCAGUUUCAACAGUUUCGUAAAGCACCAUGGUGCUGAUGAUAGUGCCGAAUGGCAGGCACUGGAACCUCCACGUCUGUGCGUUACAUUGAAAUGGGAGGAGGUGGUGACAUUCCUUCAUGAUGGGGAUGGCGAGAUUGGCAUCUUGCAGGUCUAGUUUGACCAUCCAAUCCCCCAACCUGAGAAGGUCUCGCAGGCAAUGAAUCACUUCCAUUUUGAAGUGGUGAUAUCGUACAUAUGCAUUGAGUGGGCGUAGGUUGAUCACCGGCCUUUUGCCUGAGGUCCAGGCUCGGAUAUGGCCAUAUUGACCAGUUUUGGGUCAAUCUUCAUGAGGAUCGCUUUGCGUCUCUCUGUACUUAGCGCAGCGUUGGAGUUGCCGAUAAGGCAAAUAGAACGCUGCGCCCACUCUCGGAUAGCCAAGAGGUCUACUGGUGUGCCACCUGAGAGUGCAGCUUCGACCAUGUCAAAAUUUUUUGCGCUGGGGCCCAAGGAGUCAAGCACCUUAUCCUGGGAGUGGCGCAGGGAGUAAUCCAGCCCUUUCUUGGCUUUCCAGCCAGCUUUCCCCAGGAACUGGGCAAUUUUUGGGUCUAGUUCCGGUGUGGCACAAGCCAUAUCGGGGACCGUUGGACGUGGGCAUUCUGCCCUAAGUUUAUUCCUGGUGGCUUUAUCCAGGGGUUUUCUAAUCCUGGCCGCUAUAUAUUGGGCCACAUGGUCAGCUGGGAACCAUUCCGUAGACCUAGGGUGUUGUAGGUCAUCCGGAUUAAAUAGGGGCUCCCCCUGCGGGUCUAAAAUGACGGAAUCAUCCGUGGCCACCUUGCCCAUGUUGGCUGGUUUGACUGCUAAGCUGCGCUCCGGAGAAGAGUUCUCCAAUUCAAAAGAGCCGAUUUCCUUGGACUCGCUCAAUACUUCCUCAGGGUCCGAAUCAGUCGGAUAUCUCUGUUAGGGCUUUUGCCCAUUUCCAUGCCCUCACCGUUUUUGCCCGGCGGGUGGCUCGUUUACGUGGGGGCCGCACGUCCUCAUUAGUGACAGGACGGAACCUGUCCGUCAUGCUUGUUUUGGAGGUUUGCUUGCCCACAUGGUGAGUCUUUUCUGUAGCCUUGCGCUCGCUGAGGGAUGCAGGCUUGUCAUCUUGGGGUGGAGGCCGCUAGGGUUGUGGCUAGACGCCAAGAUGCUGAUUGGGUCAGGUUAUCUGACAUCGCCCACAUCGCCGUGUAGAUGGCUUGGGUGACCGAUUUGGUCAUUGUCGCAUCUAGGAGUGAAUGGAACUCCUCCGAGUUCAGUUGCUCCAUAGAUGCCACAUCCUCUCUGGGGGGAGAUUGGGCGCGGAGCAGGGGACACGCGGUGUGUGGUGUCCUUACUGGCAGCAGUAGGAGUGGAAACCUCCUGGUCCUUGGGGUGCUGCAUUCUAGACAAAGAAUCUGAAGCAAGCUUGGGACACUAAACUUACUAUCAAUGGGAGCAAGGGCACUCUGAAUGUAACAGAAUAUAUAUGUGUGUAAGAUGUGCUAUGAUAGCACACAGCAAUACUGUCACUUUAAAUUCUAUGUGGGAAAGUAUUACAAUCCUCUGCAAGCGAAAGUUAACAAUGAUCUCUCUGGCCGGUUAAGUGUGACAGGGCAAGGCACAAACAAAUGCUGUCAGCUUACCGAGUGUUCCCUCCGGAAUGGCCGCAAGGGAACACUGGCAAGCUGCCAGCCACAGUCAGUAACCAAUCAGAGCGCCCCCGCCCCUGGGGGCGCCGGGAAAAACGUGGCAAAAUCCCUGUCAGAGCCGGCGGUUGCAAUGGCCGCUGUAUGGCCGCCAAUGUGCCUGCGCACGCGGCACCCGGCUGUAAAAUGCUCGCACUGGGCAAACAGCCGCCGCGGAGCAUAGCAGGGGAAAGGACCGGGUUGCCUGGAGGUGCACGGGUAAUAAACUACCCGGAGAGGUGAGGGAGGGAGGGGGUUUACCGCUGGGGAGGACGGGAAACCAUAGGGAGGGAUAGUCAUAUAGUCAUAUGAACCUUCGUUAUACCAAUAAUUAAUUGUACAGAGAAGGUCUAUACACAGAAGUAUACAUGAAGAGAAUUACAUAAAGGAAUAUACAAACUCCUAUGAACCUUAUUUCUACCCACAAUAAAGUAUACAGACAAGAGAUAUAUACAGAAGUAUACAUGAAGAAAAAUACAUAAAGGAAUAUACCAAAUCUAGCAAAUCCAAACAGAAAUUUCUCUGGAGUAGAGAGAUCUAAAAUAGGGUAAUACUUAGCUGAAGCAGCAGCAAAGAAAGAGGGAGAGGAGAGGUCACAUGGGUGGUUAUGGAUAUGUGGACUGUUCCCAUUGGUUAUGGGUAGAAUGUUGUGUUAACCCUUUGAGAAUUUGUUCUAGUUUUUUUUUUUUUUUUCUAUGAAUGUCUUAUACCUUCUCUUUGCUGCUGAGGUAUAAUAAAGGAGAUAAGCAUAAUAUGAGCCUCCGUGUCUUUUAAUAAAAUCAUGACAUGUCACACGUCAUGUGUCCUUAAGGGGUUAAAGGAACACUUUAGUGUUUAGAAUGUAAAGAUCUAUUAAACUGUUGAAGUUAACUGAUUUUGAUUUCUGCACCUUCUUAUAUGCAGGAAGAUGUGGAGGCUUUUAUGAAGAAACCUGGAAAUGAGACAGCAGAUGCAGUCCUCAAGAAAUUGGAUGAGCAGUAUCAGAAAUAUAAGUUUAUGGAAGUAAAUCUUUCUCAGAGAAAAAGAAGGUAUUUCAUGUUUCCAUUUGAUUAUUUUUUUAAAUGAAAAUAAUCUUUUCCCAUGAUGUAAUAACAUCUGUUUGUUCUGUAUUUUGAUUAUUCUGAUGUCUUUCUUAUUUAUUGUGCCUCAACAACGUUGGCUUACUGAAGCAGUAGAAAUUAUGUCUCUGACAUCUCACUGCUCAAGUUACUUUUGUUUUUAUCCAUGCGACCCCUGGUUGUGAUUGACACCCCCUGAAUGAAAAAAAUGUUUUUGUUUUACAAGUGUUUAUCUGCUCUGUAAAUUAAACUUUAACCACACACUGCAGGUCUAGAAGGCUAUUAACAGGAGAUUAGAAAUUCAAAAUCAAACAUUUGUUAUAAAGGAAGUUUAAACAUUAGAUCUUUUUAAAGGAUGUGUUUAGGGAAGCUGUGCACAUUACAUACAGGGAGGUGUACAUAAACAAAGUGGUUGAACUUUGGCAAAUGGCAAAUAAUUGAGCAGUGAGACUGUAGGGCAAGCAUGUUAAACUCAAAGUCUGAAUCGGGCCACAUAAACAAGGUUUGUUUAUGUGGGGCGCAAAAAAAAUACCGUACAUUUUCAUAGAAACUUAGGUUUGUUUUUAAAAGAACAGUAUAAACCCCCUCCACCCGCCCCCACAGCAUCCCCCUCUGCUAAUCUACAGCGCCCCCUCUACCAAAUCCCAGCCCACCCUCUACUACUGACGUCUACCACCCUGUGACAAAUCUGAUCCUCCCGUGCACGCACACCACACACACACACACAUUCACUGACAGACAUACACAUACAGACACACUGAGACACACACAUGCUCGCAGACAGGCACAUUAUUUUCUUUAUUGCUCCUUACCUUAUGGAGCCGAUGUGGGGCAUCUCCCUGGGGUCCUUCCUGCUCCCUCGCGCGGUUUAGUGGUGCCGGAAUAUGACGUCAUAUUCUGGCGCCGGGUUCGCUUCAGACGGUGCGUGCGAGGGAGCAGUGAGGAGCAGCAACACUGAGCUCCAUCGCUGGCCGCGUGUUAGCAGAGUAGGCACCUGCAACAUGGGGAAAGCAGGUGCCUACUCUGCUAUUACACCAGCAUGUACUCUCGGCUCGCUGGGCCGCAAAGACGGUCCUUGUGGGCCACGAGUUUGACAUGCUUGCUGUAGGGGAAUGAUCUAUAAACCAAAACUACUUCAUUAAGCUAAAGUUGUUUUGGUGACUCUAGUGUCAUUUAAAAAAAAGCACACUCCAACUGAAAAAAGUGUGUGUAUGUACAAAUGUAUGUGUUGGCAAAUUUCUAAAAGUUUGCAUCCAUUCAGGGCAGUCUAUAACGUGGGGCAAAAGGGGCAGCUGCCCUGGGCCAAGUUGCUCCCAGGGAGCCCAAAGCAACUGCACUGAUCCUAAAAUUAAAUUGUUGCGGGCCUGCACACUAAGGGGGCCCAGGGCACCACAUUCAGGGAGAAUUGAUUCCUCACUGUGCCAAAUCUGCUAAUCGGCUGUUAAAUAGACUCCCUGGUGGUCCAGUGUGCUGCUGGGUCUGCCGCACUCUCACACGGUCCGGAGCACUAUGAGUGUCAGAGCAGCCUGGUUCCACCACCAAAAUUAAAGCUAAAAACACCCCUGCAUUCAAAAACAAACACUACACAUAAAUGUAUACUUGCAUUCAAAUGCAAACACACCCCCUACAUUCAUACAAAAACAUGCUUACAUACAAACACUGCUCAGUGCUAAAUACAACCUUGCAAGCAUGGGGAAAUGGUAGAGCCCCAGCUGUCAAAGCAUUGUUGGAGUUGCAUGACAGAUGGGGAUCUACCUUUUGGCCACCCUUGCAAUGGCGGGACCCAAAACAAGUCUUCCACCAGGGCCCUCUCUACUUUAGUUCUGUCACUGCGUUGCAGUGGAGGACGUGAUUGCAUGCCAGGGUGUGGGGAGGCAGGGUCCAGGGGGCCCAAGCAGAUGCUUGCCCAGUGUCCAACUAUUAAAGAUGGCCUUGCAUCUAUCCCACUGGUUUGGUUUAUGCGUGCAACACUGUGAUAAUACUAUGCAGACUGCUGCAUCUAACAAAACCAAUAGUAAAUAAAAAUUAGAUUAUUUUUCUAUAUUUAUUUUUAUUUUUUGAGACCCUGCAACCAUGCAAAUAAGUAUUCCUGGCUGAACCCAGUACAUUUUACAGUUUGGUAUACGUAAUAAACCUGGAUUUAGUCAUGAAUGUGUAAAUCCAUGCCAAAAUUUUAGAUAAAUAAUAAACCUACCGUGAAAAUAAUUUUUUCUACGUCUCACUUCUCUGUAAGCAAAAUUAUUUAUUUUUGAAAAAUGAUUCAAUGCAUUUUUUCUUUUUUUCCUAUACAGGUUAAAAAAUCAGAUUCCUGAAAUUAAGCAAACAUUAGAAAUUUUAAAACAUAUGCAAAAGAAGAAGGUAUGUUUUUUUUUUUGUUUUGUUUUCUCCCUACUGCAAAGUUUAGUGAAUUCAGAAAUAUGUUUGGGUGGUAUUUAAUCUGUAUAGCUUCCUUUAUUUAAUAUAAGGUUUCUUUUGUCACAUGUGACAUGUCAGUACAUCUAAUUUGAAGUGGGUAUAGCUUCUGGAAUCCCCUGGCACAGUCAUUCUGUAUAUUGGUAAACUGUUUUUAAAGGAACACUAUAGGCACCAUAACAAAUUAAGCAGCAUGACACAAACACAAAAGUCUUUAAUUCUUAGCCAUUUAGCUCUGUCUAUCUGCUUCUCACUUGAUUCUUGAAACACGAAGCGUUUAAUAGGGGCUUAACUGGUUGACUGAGAGUGUCCACUGUUUCUUCAAGCCAAUUAGUACCUCUCCAUACACAAAACUACUUGAGAAAUGUACAGAUUUUUCUCAAGCCGCUUCCAUGAAAGGGGAGCUAGUGAUUAAUUUAGAGCCACAAUGAAUGCUCUCAGCCAAUCAGCUGUGCCCCUGUCCAAAGAUUUCUAUUUCAAAAAGUGGAAGGACAUGGGCAGAACUUAACUGUUGGUCUCAAGACUUGGGAAUUAAACAUUUUUUUAUGAAAGGUUUAACCUCUAAGGCAAGGGUGCUCAAAAGGUGGAUUACCCAGAUUUUUUUUUUUUUUUUUUUAACUACAACUUCCAUGAUGUUUUAUCAUAUGAAAAACAUCAAGGUAGUUGUUGAUCAUGCCAGGGUGUAAGUAGCCAUGGAUUAUCAUGUGACAUUGCCAGGGGUCUCCUGGCUGUGUAAAGGGACACUGUCUGUUUUUAUUUGCAGUUCACUCUUUCUUUGAAGCAUCUUGCCACUGAGCCCCUCUCCCCAUAUCUACUACUCUAGUGUUUCUGAUGACCAUGUUUUCUAGAAUAAUAUGCAAUUUGGUUAAUAACUGCCAUAUUGGCUGUACCAUUUUCCAUGGACAUUAGACAUAUCCUGCAUGGUUUCAGCAAUAUCCAGCCAUAAAAGUGAUUGUGUUGUGACUCUGUUUAGGAGUGUUGCACUUUGGUUUCCUGUCAGUGGGUGCCUUUCUCUUCAGUGAGUGUUUCUAUGAACAUAUUUUAAUUUUUAAAGUGCAAACAUGUAUUUUAUUUUAUUAUGAUGCUUGUCAUUUAAGAUUUUCAUUUUUUAAAUUAUUUUAAUAAACUCUUCCCCUCUGUUAUUUCUGUCAGGAUACAACUGAACCAAUGGAAACCAGGUAUUUACUGUCAGAUAAUGUAUAUUGCAAAGCAUCCGUACUGCCCACCGAUAAAGUCUGCUUGUGGCUGGGGGUGAGUAUGUUAUAUUAGCAUUAUAUCGCACCAACAUUCUGCAAUGUUUUAUGGUAACACAAUUGUAAUGCCAAAAUUGGGGGUACUUGUGGCUGCCAUGGCAACAAGUACCACCAUACCCAGAAAAAAAAGAAUUGUGGUAAUAUUUGGUUUUUCUUUUCACACCAUAGUGACAUAGCGGUUGGUAAUAAAGUUGCUGUAGAAUUACUCACAUUUUGCAUUCAUAUUACUUGUUUGACUUUUUGCAUUAUGUAGGCGAAUGUGAUGUUGGAAUAUGAUAUUGAUGACGCUCAGGCUCUGUUAGAAAAGAAUCUCUCUACCGCAAGAAAGAAUCUUGAAUCUACAGAAGAGGACCUUGAUUUCCUACGGGACCAAUUUACCACCACAGAAGUCAGUAUCCUUUUGGAUAUUAAAUAAGCUUUUUAAAAUUUUAGAAAUGCAGUUGAGUUACAUCAAUUACACACUCUGUCUAGACUAUUAGUAAAACUCUGUCACAAAAUUUGGAAGCCUCAUAGAAAAGCAUUAUUUCAGUGGUUUCUUAUGGGGACUUUGAAUGCAGACAUGGAGCUCACAUCACAUGUGUCGCAUUGGAUUGGAUAAUUGGCAGAUGAGGCUCUGCCUACUCAGUGAUGUUGCGUGAAGCGGAGAGGUAAGCUGUGACAAGGGAGCUUUGUGCUGGAAAAAGGUAAGUAAGACUUUGUGUGUUUUUUUUUUUUUUUUUUUUUUCAUUCUACUUUCAAGGAAUUAUUGAUCUACACAAUUAUUUUGUUGGUCUCUCUCGUUAUGCUUUGUGCAACUUUUUUAAAAGCAACAUUGCUACUGUACUUUCCUCCGAACCACUCUGCAUGCGGAGACCAAGGAGAAAACCAUCAUGUAAGACCAGAGUUUGUACCAAUGAUUCCCCCUCAAAUGGGUCCUGCUGGUGAACCAGCCCAUGUCUUUGAAUUCAAUCAGGCAUGCUGUGUUUUUAAAGCUAGUAUGGAAGUAACCAGAGCUUACCCAGUAUUGGCUCUUCAAAACAAUCUAAUAUUUUUUUUAAUACUUCCUGCUUUCAUUGCAUGUCAGGUUACCUGUGUUCUAUGAUUUGUUGGAUUCUGGGUGUCCACAAGCUGCCCACCAGUUGGUUUUUAAGUGACCCUCUAUGGAAACUAUGGAAUAUUCGUGAUUUGAUUGAUUGUCCUUGACCAAUUUUCCAGAUAUGGCUAGAGUCUAUAAUUGGGAUGUAAAAAGAAGAAACAAGGAUGAUCCUUCUAAAAGCAAAGCAUAG